GGGGGCGGAGGAUGGAGAACACAUCGGGGGGCCGCACUGCCCAGCGCCUUGCAGGGCUUGAGCGGCCCUGGAAUCCAGGGCGCUCAAUGCCAGUAACUCCCCCGAGCUGACUGCACUGAGAGCCCCUACAGCCGCCCCCACAAAUUUCCAAACGUUGGCAGCUGUCCAAAGCACAGGCCUUGGAGCUUCCUGGGUUUGAAUCAGAGGUUGCUAUCUGUAAACUUUAAUAUUUACCUUGCAAGCACUCGAUCUCACUCCCUGUCUGUGUCCCUGUAAGAGGCUCUGUGAAGACCUGGUUCUCCCCAGAGGCAGCUUCCUCCAUAAGCACUUCACCGAAAAGGACUUGCCAGGCCGGAUGAUGCCCGUUGAGCUGGGGCAGGCCCGAGUGCUGCUGCCGCCACUGGCGAAGGCCGAGGACUCCCCGUUUUCUGAACCAGAUGCUGCCGCUCCAGGGGAGCCCCUCAGCCCCGAGACUGCACGCCAGCGUUUCCGGCAGUUUCCUUACCAGGUGAUGUCUGGGCCCCAGGAGACCCUGCGACAACUUCGGAAGCUCUGCCUCCAGUGGCUGCAGCCAGAGGUUCACACCAAGGAGGAGAUCCUAGAGAUCCUCAUGUUAGAGCAGUUCCUGACUAUCCUGCCCGGGGAGAUCCAGAUGUGGGUGCGGAAACAGUGUCCGGGCAGCGGAGAGGAGGCGGUGACACUCGUGGAGAGCUUGAAGGGAGACCCUCGGAGACUGUGGCAGUGGAUCAGCAUUCAAGUUCUGGGACAGGACAUCUUAUUCGAGAAGGUGGAAUCUGCCAGCUGCCAAGUGGGGGAAGUGGAGUCCCGUCUUGAAGUGAUGCCUCAGGAGCUGGGACUUCAGAAUUCACCGUCCGGGCCGGGGGAGCCACUGAGCCACAUCGUGAAAGAGGAGUCCGACACAGAACAAGAAUUAGCAAUGGCUGCUUCCCAGCUUCCUGCCCAGCCUGAGGACAGGCUCCUCAGAGACCAGGACUUCGGACCCUCACUUCUCCAAACAGCACCUCAGGAGCAGUGGAGGCACCUGGAUUCCACUCAGAAGGAGCAGUACUGGGAUCUCAUGCUGGAGACCUAUGGGAAAAUGGUCUCAGGAGCAGGCAUUUCCAAUUCCAAGCCUGACCUGACUAAUUCAGCAGAGUAUGGGGAAGAGCUAGCAGGACUGCACCUUCAUGUCUCUGAGAGGAUCCCAAGACCCACCUGCAUAGGAGAUAGACAGGAGAAUGACAAAGAGAACCUAAACUUGGAAAAUUAUAGGGACCAGGAACCUCCAGCUGCCUCCUGUCAUGCCUCAGAAGAGGCGUCUUCUCAGGCUGCUUUGAGUGGUCUCUUCAGUGAGGAUGAGCCAAGACGCUUUGGAGAAGGAGAGACUCUUCACGAGGCUCAGGAAAACCUGCGGGACGAGGGCAUAGGGGGACAGCUCUCUCCUCAAGAAAGGAAUUCUGGGAAACAGCUAGGUCAUCAUUUGCCUAAUGCUUAUCCAGGAGAACUGUCCAUGCUGUGGCUUGAGGAGGCCAGAGAGGCCUCCCCGAAAGGACAGCUGAGAGCCCCCAUGGCCCAGAAACUCCCCACUUGCAAGGAGUGUGGGAAAACCUUUUACAGGAAUUCUCAGCUUGUUUUUCACCAAAGAACUCACACUGGAGAGGCAUACUUUCAGUGCCCCACCUGCAAAAAAGCCUUUCUGCGGAGUUCAGACUUUGUGAAACAUCAGAGAAUUCACACAGGAGAGAAGCCCUGUAAAUGUGAUUACUGUGGGAAAGGUUUUAGUGACUUCUCAGGAUUGCGCCACCAUGAGAAGAUCCACACAGGAGAGAAACCCUAUAAAUGUCCCAUCUGUGAAAAGAGUUUUAUUCAAAGAUCAAACUUUAAUAGACAUCAGAGGGUUCACACAGGAGAGAAGCCUUAUAAAUGUUCCCGCUGUGGGAAAAGUUUCAGCUGGAGCUCGAGCCUUGAUAAACAUCAAAGAUCCCAUUUAGGAAAGAAGCCCUUCCAGUAGCCAUGCUUUCAGCCGGUCUCUGUCUCCUGGUCCAUUAAAAAGUACUUCGUUCCAUCAGGAGAAAUUGCAUCUCCUAGAGGGUGUCCCUGGUCUCUCUUUUCUGCAUGGAUUAGAGAGGAGAGUACCUGAACGUGGUUUUGGACUUGGAGGAUAUAUUGGCCUGUGGGUUGGAUUUCACGCUGGUUUCAUUUCUUGCUUCUGCAUCAGGAGGAAGAAUAGUCACCUUUCACCUCAUCUCUUCUUUUGGAAAGAGAUGGGGGAAAAAACUAUCCCUUUUAGAGAGCUCCCGUUUUAGAAGUGCUGCCUGGCAAGAGUUUAACUGGAUUAGCCACAGCUGCUGCUCUCGGGAAGAACCUUGGGUCAGCCCUUUGGAAUUGGGGUUCUAAAGCAGGCGUUUUUACAAAAGGGGGAGUGAUAGAGGGCCAGUGAGCUCACAUGUGUUCUUUGUUAUACGGGUGCAAAAUUAAUGUCGACUGUCCCCAUUUUAAGUAAACUUAGCAGACUCUCUUAUUUGUGUCUGAAGCGUCCACUGUGUGUUGACUGGAACUCAAAAUACAUUUUCUCAUAAAAGACCCUAAAUGGUAAUUGAGCAACUAGAUCAUCCCGUCCAAACCUGUCGAGUUUAUCACCCAGCUGAACAGGGUAAGAAAGUGCGAGCCUGGUGCCCAGAUGUGACAGCCUGGCCAGUGCUGGGCAUUCUUGGUCUCAAGUCUGUCUCUGGUGUGGGACAGACAGAGCCCACCUCCCACUUGCUCGCACACCGCAAGCUGCCCCUCUUUCUCCUGGCACCCCCCUCAGGCUAUCAUUUUUGCCCAAGUAUUCUGCACUUUAAAACUAUUAUCUCUAUUGUUUUGUCUGUAGGUGUUAAACGGUAGGAAGAAAUCACUAGUACUGAUGUAAUUUAUAGUAUUGUGCAGAGUUUUACUAACAUAUAUCUAACCUGCCCACUGGUCCUCGUCUUCAAAAGUCACAUGCCCCAAAGUGUCCUGCUCUCAGGUCAUGAGACUUCCUCCCACCAGUGUCCUCCCCGGGCCUGCUCUUAUGUCACUGUUUGGGGAGGGUGCGAAUGAGAUGGACAGCACUAUCUCCCUGAAAAUGUGAACCUAGAGGCGAGAGACGGCUGGUUCUUUGCAAACGAAGGAAGGACACUGCUGGCUGAUGAGAGACAAAACUG